AAAAAUACUUUACGAGGAAAACGCUUUUGAUACAAUCUUUAAAGGUUGAAUUUAUCAAGAUCAGGAAAAGGGACAGUCGAAAGUCCGCCCGAGUGACGUUCUCGUACUUUGACAACAGUGAUAUCUUGUGAUUUGUACUGUGUACAUCCCACUUCACUGUACACUACUUACAGUUAUGUUUCUUCGGGGUGAUAACGGUUUUAGGGUGAGUUCACAACUGUUUCAUUAUUUUAAUUUACCAUAUGAAAACCCAUUUGAGUUUGAUGUAAUUAACAGAAUAUUCAGUCGCGUUAUUAUACUUCAUUAUCAAUACCAAUCAAAGAGCCCGUCAAGUCAGUUAUUAGAUUUUUAUUUAGGUGUUUCAUAGCACAAUGUGGUACUAACUUAUUGAAAAGACGGUGGUUUUCAUGGGACUUGUAUUUACUGAGUUAAAAAUACCGCGAGUCAUACUGUGAAUUGUGUUGAAGCGUGAAAGAAUCUCAUAUGGAAAUAAUAUAGUUCUGUAUUUUUACACAUCCUGCUCAGGGGCGUUACCCAAAAGAUUUUUUCAGUUUCGCGUCACAUCACAUUUCCUUGAUCUUAUCCCACAUGAUUUAAGAACGUCACAUGCUUCUAUCUGUCUUUUUUCGCGAGGAUUUACCGGUAGAUUAUGUGUCAUGACAGAGCGGAUAUUGAGGCUGAAAUCCGUUCAAUACGUUAGAAUCACUUGGAUUCCUGUUUAUUAGACAAACCGGAAGGCCUUCGAUCCAUGAAAUUCCAAAGUGACCCGAGACCAAUCCGCAAGGAUUGUUGGAGGCUUAAUCGCUGUAAAGAUACUGAUCACAACGCUGUAAUCAACUGUGGGAUAUAAAAAAUCUCAACUCUUGUCUUUAUAAUUACAGAAAAGCUCUGAAGCUUAGACCCUUUAUUCUAAUUUUUUUUUGAUACUUAGCUUAACCUACGGAGAUAGCAUGACUUGAAAGUAUUAGAAAAGCCAGCCUCUCCCGUUCUAGACCUUAUUAGACCUUAUGGAUACUCGUUUCAAUCUAAAAGGAGUGAUAGUUUCCCCGCUUAUCAAUAUACCUUUAUCUCGAGCUCUGUUAGGGUCACUUAAUGGUAUCUUGAAUUUCUAAAAAAUUGGUUUUAUGGAGCACUCUCAGUUGGAUGUUUUGCACAAAGCUUCUCCUUCCUCUUCUCUUGAGCACAUAAUUCCAAACAGAUUGAUCAAAAGGCCCCCAAAAGCGACUCCUUGAAAUCUGUCACUUUCAUGAUAUUGAGUCGAACGGUGUUGAUCAUGUCGAAUCACAUAUCAAUCUAUUAUUCAAAACAUCACCAUAAACACAGCGUUUGAUUUUUCACCACAAGUUGCUCUCAAAUCAAGUAUCACCUGAUAUGUUGUGAGGACCGUCAUAAACUAAAGGAUGGCGAAACAGCUCAGUGGAAAGGGUAUUUUGUUUUAAAAAGGAAGUUCGAGACCAUUAAAAACAUGUAGUUUAUUAAGAGUGAGGGAUAGAAAGUUAUGUCCCUUUGGCGUAAUUCACGAUGUUUAGCACGAAAAAUUAACAAUUUUGAUUUGCCUCCAUGCCAAGUCAGAUAACAGCAAAGAUGAUGUUCUUUCAAACUUUGUUUGACCUGAGUUUUGGCACUGAUUUCUAAUUUGGUUUUAAUUUCACCAGAAAUCCCGACGGACUAUUCCAAACGUCAGCUGUUUCAUACAGAGCGUGUACAACCUUAUGAUGUCAUCUAGACUCGUAGCGGUUCAAUGUGAGGCUGCAGCACUAUUGGUUGAAUUGUCGGCAGUUCCACAAGUGUUAGAGGUACAGUGCAGUACAGAACAGUAACGAAACAUUUAUUAUUAUCCAACUGCACGAAGUAAAGUAAAAAUAACGCGCAAAUAGAGUACAAAUUAUAUCCUGCGAUAUUGUACGGUUAUUUGGAUACUUCACGAAUAGCUCUGGAAAGAUGAUUGGUCAGAUCGCGUCUUACGUAACGAAAUAACGUGUUAACCCUAUGACCCGUAGGAGUGACCAGUAUCGAAUUUUUCCUUACAAUAUCACCCCUAAAAAAAAAGUUGAAAACACGAGAUUAAAGGAAAUUAUCUCCAAGUUGAGAAGCUUCUUAUUGUCAAAGAUAUUCAAUUACGUUCUCAGCACAUUAAGAAAGCAGAAAACAGCAUGGAGAGUAUUCAUACUGAUGUUCGAUGUUAGAGGGUUAACAAUGAUAUUUUGACCUUUCUUCUCUGUUGAUUUUUCCAGGGUGUUGAAAGGUGCUAUCUCAAGAUUUUGGCUCAAAAGAACGUCGACGACACCUUGAAGAAAAUCGCUCAUGAAAGACUGAAAAACGUCCAAGAAAAAAGAAAAUCAAUCCCAAAGAGUCAAAAAAGGCGGCAAAAACUUGUCAAAUUAUAG